UCCAUUCAUCUGCCGCUGCGUUUGGAUGCGCGUCCAGAGAGAGUCCCAUCAACGCGCACAGGGACGAUUCGUGGUCAAAUAAACAUGAAAUAACGAAAGAAGAGGAAUUUAUUUUACGGGCUGUCAAACACGUUUUCUUUCGUUCGUUUUAUCUGGGUCGCGUCCCUGACUUUUUUUAAAUCACAAUUCUUAUUGCGAAAUUUCGUUUACCUUUCGAUUUAACGUUACUGGAUUAAUUUUACAUCAUGAGUUCGAUAUUUCUCCUAACGUUUUCUCCGAGGAAUGAUUAGAACAUCGUCACCGUAUUGCUCCCUUUUAGUUAACUUUUGACGACAGGAAUAUGGCCAGAAAUAUUACAGACGUCCCGAGAGAUGAUUUAAGUAAAAUAUCCGACGAAGAACUCCUUAAAUGUAGCAAAGAAGAGCUACUUAGGAGACUCCGAAAAGCGGAUAACGAGAAGACGAACUUGAUGUUGGAGCAUGGCAACAUGAUGAAGGACGUCAACCGGAGAUUACAAGUGCAUCUCCACGAGAUUCGGAGUUUGAAGGAGGUCAACCAGAAACUACAGGAGGACAACCAGGAGCUGAGAGAACUGUGCUGCUUUUUGGAUGAUGAUCGACAGAAAGGGAAAAAGCUUUCUAGGGAAUGGCACAGAUUUGGCAGGUACACCGCCAGCGUUAUGUGGAAGGAGGUUGGCAUAUUCCAGCAAAAACUGAAAGAUCUAGAGGUUGGACAGGAGAGUCUGUUGAGAGAGAAUGCGGAGUUGAAGGAGAUCAUCGUUAUGUUAGAUGAGGAGAGGAAUGGGGCUGGAUCCAGGAGCUCUAUAGACAGCCAGUCCAGCCUGACCAAUUUGAAUGGUGGUUCUGGUACCAUGCGAGAUGUUGGAGAUGGGAGCAGUACAUCCAGCACGGGGAGUGCUGGGAGUCCAGAUCACCAUCUCAGUCAUAUGCUUAAGCCUUCAGAGGGCAAGAUGGUGUCUAUAAGAAGGUCUAUGGAUGAUCUGUCCACUAACCAUCUGCUUAGAACCAUACCCAAUGGACUUAAUGAUUCGUCUUCAAACUACAUUCGCCAGCUUGAGACUAAAGUCCGGAUUUUAGAGGAUGACAACAAACAGCUGUUAUCCCAGCAGGGGAACAUCGGAGAUCUGAAGACGCUUCGGAAAGGGCUUUCCCUGUACCACUCAGAGUCCCAGCUCACCUCACUUUCCCAGUAUCAGGACACGUUACAGAACGGCUCUACACGGAUGCCCGGAGGUGAUCUGCCAUCCCCUGUCACAGGAUACCUGCCUGCUGCACAGAAACCUGAGGCUGUUGUACAUGCCAUGAAAGUAUUGGAAGUCCAUGAGAACCUGGAUAGGAAAAUCCCAGAGGAAUAUGAGGAGGAUCUCAGUGAGAAAGAGAAAGCAAUUGUUAGAGAGAUGUGUAAUGUGGUCUGGCGUAAGCUCGGUGACGCUACCGGAUCGAAACCCUCCAUCCGUCAACAUCUCUCUGGGAACCAGUUCAAAGGCCCUUUGUAGCUCACUGUCAAUGACCAGCAGGGCCAUGAACAAACAAACAAAUCUGUGAAUACGACGAGAGGAACAGACAGUCUAGAAACUGGGCAACUUUUGGAUUACACAGAAGAAAUUUGCAUCUACUGCCAGCUCCUCUCAGCCCACGGCAUUCUGUUGAGACAUUUCAUUCCAACCAGGACAGGUAGAAUAUAAUAAAAGUCUCACAAUAAGCACAAGUUAAUCGAUUUAUUUAUCUGCAUACCAUCUAAGUAUUCAGAAAAGGCAGCUUAAUGGAUUCCUUUAUUCCCGCUGUAGAAAUAAAACACACAGCGCUUAGAUUAAAUGCCUCAUGGAAUCACUUCCACAUAAUUGAAACAUUUCACUCCUAAAACGGUCACUCCAUAUUAUGAAUGUUAAUAUCAGAGGAUUAAUCUAUGUAAUUACCAACAGCUGCAAAAUAAGUUUUUAAGUAACAUUUGCUCAGGUUCUAGACAUGUACUCUGACAAACACUUUUUAUACAAAUAAAUUCUGCAUUCUGAAGACAGCAUGCUGUAAAUGGCAGCUUAUAUUAAUAAGCUUAAAAUUCAGUCAUUUUGUUCAGACUUUUGUUCAGACUUUAAGAUUCUGAUUGACAAUCAUGUGUAAUACUUUCUAUGCCCUCCUUUGUGUUUUUGUAGUCUGUCAAAUGUAAGGCAAAUGACGUCAAAAUUCUUAAUGUUCGAGCCGGCUGAACAUGUCAUAAGGAGUCACAAUACAAUGCUUUUGAGUGUAAAUGAGAUCUCAAAGCUUUGAGAUAACAAAAUUGUAUACAGCCCUUCCUACAGUACUGCUAAUUAUGUAUGAGGUGUACAGGAUAAAGUGCUGUAUUAGAAGAACUGGAACUGUUAGUACCUUUUUUGUACAAUUUUAAGUUCUGGAUACUGAAUAGGUGCAAUAGAUAAACUGGGCAAAUACAGUGCAAUCUUUCAUAUUGAGUAUGGAAGUAUUGCGUGCUGUCAGUUUAGUCUGGAAUAUCACUAUUUCUAAAUGCAUCAAGUAUAUGACUUUAGCACAUGCAUUUUUAAUGAAGUACAGUAGUUGGUGAUUGGAGGAUGUUAAAUAAUUACAUUGUCUCUACCCUUUUACCCAGCGUAACAUUUAACACAGUAGAUUCAUCAUUACUGAAGCAGACCACAUGCAUAAAACAAUUCAUUUAGAGGUUUUUAUUAUUAAUAAUAAAGUUCUGCUUAUUUUUAGUUAUAUGUAAAAUGUCUAAUGCUCUUCCAUAGACUUCAUGAGACCACCAGGCAGCAUCUUUUUGUGUACAUUUAUGUACAUGAGAUAUAGCACAGUUUUCUGUGUAUAAGAUCUCUAUACAAGUUUUAUGAACAGAAGGUUUCUAGUUAAAUCCGAAUGCAGUAAAUGAUGCUUCUUUAAGUUUUCUGUGUUAUUCAGAUGUAUUAUCUGUGUAAAUGAGAACUGCCUCAAAAGAUACUUGCUGCAUUCACGCAAAUGCUCUUUCUUCGAAAAUCAGUGAUCCAAUAAGCCAUACUUUUUAUUGUCUGUUAAAAUAAAAGCCUUUUCUGAGCUUUGCAGAAAUCCUUAAUCAAUCAAGUUAUUGAUUAAUGUGGAAUUUUCAUUCAAUUGUAUAUGUAUAAGAGCACUGUUACAGUGCUAGAUUGAAAUCACAUUCGUUUUGGAUGGUUUUGUUCACCCUGGAUGCAGCAGGUGGCUUUUGGCAGUGUGUUAACUUGUCCUUCAUUUAAGUGAGCAGCAAACAUUUGAAAAAGGAAAUAAUUACGCAUUUACGUAUAGACCUUUUAUAAUUGUGUAUUUGCAUAUUGACUAAUGAAAAAGAUACCUAAUGAAUUUAGGACAGUAAAAACGUGUCUUCUGUAAGUGAGAUGACAUAUAUCGUCUCAAUUAUGCUGUAAAGUAUUUCAUGUACACAAUACCUUAAUAGUAGGAAGACUCGUUCAUGAAAACUAUUUUUGAAAAAUUAAGUGUCCUUUAUAAACAGAUCUAACCUACACAACUACUGACUUUUUAUAUUUGCUCAUUUUAAAGCACAAAAGAAUCUGAAAUGCUGAUACUUUCCUCUUAUUUUUUCAAAUGCACUGCUUCUUUUGUGAAUGAGGAUUUGAUGUUUAAAUUGUUUAUAAAAUUCAAUGUUCUGUUUAGCUUGUCUGUAUGUGAAACACAUGAAAUUGUAUUCUAGGACAUACAAUUCAGUGCUAUGUAAAUAACUUACUGUAGAAUACCUGUAACUAGCAUGGUUAUAUAUUUUAAUGAGCUGUAUGUAGCCGAGAAUUGACCUGUAUUUUAGCAGAUAAAUAAAUUGCAAAUAACCCUCUUGUAGAUUUGAAAAAAGUUUUGUCAUCUGCUGUUUGUAGUGUCUGAAAUCCAUUGCAGAAAAAAGAGACAAGUCUGCCAUCUACUGGAGAGUUUUGCUUCAAUGGACAGAGAGAUCAUCUUAUGUGCAUCAAACAGAUCUAACACAAGCACCUGCAUGGAACAUGCCCAACAUCAUUCUUCCCUCUUUUAUGUGUUACGUACCCAAUCUUUGUGUCUGUACACAUUUUUUUCUUCUCAAGUCUAACAGCUAAGUUAGUCUGUUGUGCAAGAAUAAAACAA